UGCCCACGGGGACAGUGGGCACUCGUGGAUGCGCGUGGAAGGGGGUUAUUCCCAAGCGGCUGGGGAGUGCGGCGGCCGGAGGCUUUGGGUUGAGUGGCCUUUGCUGGGAAACGGAGAUACAGGGCCCGUAGCGGCCGGCCGUGGGAGCCCACCGAGACUUGCCUUCCAACAACACCCACGAGGGGGUGGACGAACAUGAAGUCCACCCUGCCUUCCAAGCCGCCAUAGAUCUCACUGCGGGCGCCGUUGGGGGCGCAGCGUGCGUUCUGACUGGGCAGCCCUUCGACACCAUAAAAGUGAAGAUGCAGACAUUCCCCAACCUGUACAAGGGCCUCACCGACUGCUUCCUAAAGACCUACAACCAAGUGGGCUUCCGGGGCCUCUACAGGGGAACCAGUCCUGCCCUGCUAGCCUAUGUCGCCCAGAGCUCUGUCCUAUUCAUGUGCUAUGGCUUCUGCCAACAGUUUGUCAGGAAAGUGGCCAGAGUGGACCAGAGCACACAGCUGAACGACUUUCAGAUUGCCACUGCUGGAUCACUGGCCUCCGCCUUUGCUUCGCUGGCCCUCUGCCCCACUGAGCUCGUGAAGUGCCGGCUGCAGACCAUGCAUGAAAUGAAGAUCUCUGGGAAGAUAGCACAAAGCUACAACACAAUUUGGUCUAUGGUUAAGAGUAUCCUCAUGAAGGAGGGUCUCUUAGGCUUCUAUCGUGGACUCCCCACCACUCUAGUCCAGGAAAUACCUGGCUAUUUCUUCUUCUUUGGGGGCUAUGAACUCAGUCGAUCGUUUUUUGCAUCAGGGAAACCAAAGGAUGAACUGGGCCCUGUCCCUCUGAUGUUGAGUGGGGGCUUUGCUGGGAUCUGCCUCUGGCUUAUCAUAUUCCCAGUGGACUGCAUUAAAUCCAGAAUCCAGGUUCUCUCUAUAUUUGGGCAGCCAGCAGGACUAAUCCCAACCUUUGUAAGCGUGGUGAGAAACGAAGGAAUAUUAGCCUUGUAUUCUGGAAUGAAGGCCACAAUGAUUCGAGCCAUCCCUUCCAAUGCUGCUCUAUUUUUGGCCUAUGAAUACAGCAGGAAGGCGAUGAUGAGCAUGGUUGAAGAAUACUGAAGUGUCUUGAUGGACCCUGUCUGAUCACAUGAGUGUGAGAACCACGGUUUAGAUACCAAAGAGUUCAAGACCAACAUGGCGUUAUCUUUGGGAAUUUUGGGUUUGUCUUCCCUUCUACCAAAAAUCAAACUCAGUGGAGAAAUCUUUAUAUCAUAUGGUUUCUUCCCACAAUUAUACUGAAAUAGAAAAACCACUGCUUUUGCUGGUGGUGCAAUCUACAGGGUGAACCUGAGACACUAUGUACUUAACCUUAAAGGUUAUUAGGGCCACUUCAUAAACCUAUGUAUGUAUCUUGAA